AUGAUCCAGAUUGACUUCGAGACCUUUGCCGCCCAUGGCGGCUACAAGAAUACCAAGCUCAGUCUCGUGCCGACUCCGGCUCCUGGUGGUUCUGAUGGUGGUGGCGGUACUGGCGCGCCUGGUGCUCCCGCGGCUCCUCCUUCUCGUUCGCCGCCGCUACUGAAAGCCACUGCCGCUACCAAGCGAGGCGCUGCUCCCAGCGACGAGAACCUUCAUGAAGAAAUCGUCAUGCCGGCGUACGACCAUAAGGACAUGACGAACAAGGCGGUAGCGGAGUACAACAAGUACACCAUGGAGGGGGCCGAAGAUGAUGACGCCGAAGAAGAUAACGAGGUUGUCGAGGUUCCCGCGCCGAAGAAGAACACCCGAGGCACCAACACCAGCGACUACGGCCACUUUGCCAACCGAGGUCAGCUCUCGGAUGAUCAGCCCGGUCACAAGAAGCGAAAGGGUGGUAACAAAGAUGCUGCCGUCCAGCCCUCACCCUCGAAGAAGAGAAAGCUCAGUCUCGUCCCGACUCCGGCUCCUGGUGGUCGUGGUGAUCAGCCUGUCAGGGAAGAAGGAAAGUCUGCAGCAUCGAUCCUCACUUGA